AGAAGAGAUCGUAAAACGAAACCCUUUUUCGCAUCACUUCUCUCUUCUUCUCAGCGAAACACCAAAUUCAAAUUCAAUUUUCGAAAACUGCUUCCCUCUUCAAGCUCUCUCUCUCACAGUAAAUCUCGAAUCCACAAGAGAGAAACCCUAAUUCUCCAUAUCUCUUUUGGCGGCAACAAAUUGCGCCAUGGCAGCUGUUCCUCCGCCGGCUGCUGGCCGGGAGCUCUCGAAUCCUCCCUCCGACGGCAUUUCCAACCUCCGAUUUUCCAACCACAGUGAUCACCUACUUGUUUCUUCUUGGGACAAGACUGUGCGCUUGUACGACGCCAGCGCCAACGUCCUCCGCGGCGAGUUUGUGCACGGUGGUCCUGUGCUGGAUUGUUGUUUCCAUGACGAUUCUUCCGGAUUCAGUGCAAGUGUCGACAAUACCGUCAGACGGCUUGUUUUCAACCAUAAUAAGGAGGACAUCUUGGGGAAGCAUGAUGCACCUGUUCGGUGCGUUGAGUAUUCUUACGCGGCAGGGCAAUUAAUUACUGGCAGUUGGGAUAAAACACUGAAGUGUUGGGAUCCUAGAGGUGCAAGUGGGCAGGAACAUACUCUCGUUGGGACAUAUCCUCAGCCUGAACGCGUUUACUCACUUUCUCUUGUGGGGAAUCGUUUAGUUGUAGCAACUGCUGGAAGGCAUGUUAAUGUUUACGACUUGAGAAAUAUGUCUCAACCCGAGCAAAGGAGGGAAUCCUCGUUGAAAUAUCAGACUCGUUGCGUGCGAUGUUAUCCUAAUGGAACAGGUUAUGCUCUUAGUUCAGUUGAAGGACGAGUUGCUAUGGAGUUUUUUGAUCCGUCAGAGGCUAGUCAAACCAAAAAGUACGCAUUCAAAUGUCACAGAAAAUCAGAGGCUGGAAGGGACAUAGUCUAUCCAGUUAACGCCAUUGCAUUCCAUCCCAUUUAUGGUACUUUUGCAACUGGAGGUUGUGAUGGAUACGUGAACGUUUGGGAUGGGAACAACAAGAAGAGGCUAUAUCAGUAUUCAAAAUACCCAACCAGUAUUGCGGCAUUAUCAUUUAGUAGAGAUGGGCGCCUGUUAGCUGUAGCUUCAAGUUACACAUUUGAAGAGGGAGAUAAACCUCAUGAGCCAGAUGCCAUAUAUGUCCGCAGUGUAAAUGAGAUAGAAGUUAAGCCAAAGCCUAAAGUGUAUCCCAAUCCACCUACAUGAUUACAUUGACAUCACAGAAAUCUCUCCUGUGAUAUCCAUGCUUGUCGUUCUGUAGCCCUCCAUUGUUUUUCUUGCUAAGUUACUUGAUGGUGGUUUAGAGCCAAGGUCCCGAGCGACUUGUGGAGUGCGCCCUUAGCAUACGAAAGAGUCCACGAGACAGGCUUAACAUAUUUUUGUAUUUUCUUUCUCUUUCAAAACUUGUGUUGUGUUCUUGGCGAGGUGAGAGAGAGACAACCUUGGAUUUUGGGAUGGACCCAUCAGUGAUAUGUAGUAUGUGUACAGAUGCUGUGCUUCUGUAAACUUUCUCUGUUAUUUAGGAUAUGGAUAACACUUAGAUUUUUCAUAUGUUUUAUCCUUCCAACAAA